CUCAGCUUCGUCAUCGACGGUGCCACGGCACUGUGGUGCGCGGCGGGCGCGGGGCACUUUGAGGUGGUGAAACUUCUGGUGAGCCACGGGGCCAACGUCAACCACACCACGGUGACCAACUCCACCCCCCUGCGUGCCGCCUGCUUCGACGGCCGCUUGGACAUCGUCAAGUACCUGGUGGAGAACAACGCCAACAUCAGCAUCGCCAACAAGUACGACAACACCUGCCUGAUGAUUGCUGCCUACAAGGGCCACACCGAGGUGGUCAGGUACCUCCUGGAGCAGCACGCAGACCCCAACGCCAAGGCCCACUGCGGGGCCACUGCCCUCCAUUUUGCAGCUGAGGCCGGGCACCUGGAGAUCGUCAGGGAGCUGGUGAGGUGGAAGGCAGCCAUGAUGGUCAACGGCCACGGGAUGACUCCUUUGAAGGUGGCUGCUGAGAGCUGCAAGGCUGAGGUGGUGGAGCUGCUCCUGGCUCACGCCGACUGCGACCGGAGGAGUCGGAUCGAAGCUCUGGAACUCCUGGGGGCUUCGUUUGCCAACGAUAGGGAGAAUUAUGAUAUAGUGAAAACUUAUCAUUAUUUAUACCUGGCCAUGCUGGAGAGGUACAGAGACAGCCAGAGUGUUGUUGAGAAAGAGGUUUUGCCUCAGAUUGAAGCUUAUGGGAACAGGAGGGAGUGCAGGACUCCUCAGGAAUUGGAGGCCAUCAGGCAGGACAGGGAUGCCCUGCACAUGGAAGGCCUCAUCGUGAGGGAAAGGAUCCUGGGCUCUGACAACAUUGAUGUUUCUCACCCCAUCAUCUACAGGGGGGCUGUGUAUGCAGAUAACAUGGAGUUUGAGCAGUGUAUCAAGCUGUGGCUCCACGCCCUGCACCUCAGGCAGAAAGGCAACAGGAACACUCACAAGGACCUCCUGAGGUUUGCCCAAGUCUUCUCGCAGAUGAUCCACCUCAACGAGCCCGUGAAGGCCAAGGACAUCGAGAGUGUUCUGAGGUGCAGCGUCCUGGAGAUCGAGCAAGGCAUGUCCAGGAUCAAAACCACCCAGGACACGGACAUCCACACGGCCAUGGACAACUACGAGUGCAACAUUUUUACCUUCCUCUACUUGGUCUGCAUCUCCACCAAGACUCAGUGCAGCGAGGAGGAUCAGUCGCGCAUCAACAAGCAGAUUUACACCCUGAUCCACCUCGACCCCAGGACCAGGGAUGGCUCCAGCUUGCUCCAUCACGCUGUCAAUUCCAGCACCCCCGUGGAUGACUUCCACACCAACGAUGUCUGCAGCUUUCCCAACGCCCUGGUCACCAAACUCCUCCUGGAUUGCGGCGCCGACGUCAACGCCGUGGACAACGAAGGGAACAGCCCCCUCCACAUCAUCGUCCAGUACCACAGACCCAUCAGUGACUUCUUGACCUUGCAUUCCAUCAUCAUUAGCCUGGUGGAGGCUGGUGCUCACACAGACAUGACAAAUAAGCAGAAGAAAACCCCUCUGGAUAAAAGUACGACGGGGGUCUCUGAAAUACUCCUCAAAACUCAAAUGAAGCUGAGUCUCAAGUGCCUGGCUGCCCGAGCAGUGCGGAUCUAUAACAUCAGCUACCAAAACCAGAUCCCCAGAACUCUGGAAGAAUUUGUCAAGUUUCACUAGGGCUCUGUGAAGUCUUUUUCUGGUGGUGCUAUCCCGGGAUGACAUCAACACAGAGUUGGUUUUUUUUCUCCAGUCCUUUGGUUUUGGAUUCCUCUGGAUUCGGGCUGCAGCCUCAGAUCUCGGGGUGGGAGGGGGAAAAAAAAGCCACAUUGUUUUCCUGUAGUCAAACCCUGAUGUUUGAGAUUUUCUUUUUUUGUUUGUUUGGGUUUUUUUUUUUUUGGCCAUUUCUUUUGUUUGAAAGAAUCACUUUGUUCUCUCUCUCUCUUUUUUUUUUUUUCCAUAAAGAAAAUGAAAAGAUUCCCCAUGUUACUUGUGCAGAAUGUUUUGGUUCCAACACACGUAACAAUUUGCAGCCUUUAGGUAGGUGAUUUCCAAAGGCACCUCCAGAAGCCUCUGUCACCAUCUUACUCAGGCAGUAGCUGUGUAAAUUUAAAACUUCUUGGAGCAAGGUGGGAAAAAAAACAACUGGAAAUUAUGUAUUGGUUGAGUCUCAACAUACAGAGCAGUCUGUGUGUUGCCACAGUCCAUUGCUCUCAUACCUCACCAUCUUUUUAUCCCUUUCAGUUCAUGCUGAAGAUGUUUUUAAAAUUGUCUUUUAUUGUUUUUUUUUCUUUUAAUUGAGUUUGGAAAGCAGUUAGCAGCAGCUACAGACACACAGAAUGCUCUGUUAGGAAAUACAGGUUUCAAUCCAGCCCUGGUAUCUUCAUCUGGUAAGAGCUGAAAUCCCAAGCUCUCCAUUUACACUGCUACAGUAAAGAGUGAACAGUUUUGGAAAAAAAAAACCUUGCACAUUGACCUCAACAAACCAGAGUCAUGGUUUCUUUUGGUGAAGCUCAUCUAUAAAGAUCAUGCACAGAUACCUAGAAAAUUGGUAGGGUAUUUGUGUCUCUGUGUGUCCCAACAUUUCAAAACGUUUUCAACUUGGGUUUGUUGUGUUUUUUUGGGUUUUUUCUCGUUGUUUCAAUAAUCACCAUGCACCUUUUUGGACUCAGAAAAGUCUCUAAAUCUGCACUCUUGGAUUCCUAAUGCUGUAUCUUCCUGGUGGAGUAGUCUGUCACCAAAGAGAGUCUUCCUCUGGAGCAGGAUCCUGCUUGAACCUGGCUUUUCCAACAAGUGUGGAGUCUGUGCCUCCCUGAAUUGGACUUGAGGAUUCAUUUUUUUUUUUUCCCUUCUUCAUGAUUUUUACUCCUCUCAUUAUGAAAAUCUCUAUGAAAACUGAUUUUUAAAAAAUUAAUCCUAUUGUAAGCUCUUUUACAAGAAGCAACUGAUUGUAUAAUAACUCUUGUUGCUUGGGGAAGUGCUUCUCCUUGGUAGAAGUUGCAGGUACUCCAGCAGUAAAAUGUCACUUGUUUUGACAGGCUACUGGAAACUCUGGAUUUUAAAUGCAGCUUUUUAACUCUCAGAUGAUGAAAAGAAUGUUCUGUAGGGGUUUUUUUGGUUGUUUUGUUGUUUUUUGUUUUUUUUUUUUUUAAACAAUCUGGAUAGAACCUUAAGGUGAGAUUUGGGCACACGUUUCUAUUUGUAUUACAAAUAAAUAAACCUUGAAUGUGGAAUUAGUUUGGAAA